CGCCUCCUCCUCCUCCUCCUCUUGGGAAGAGAGGGUACGAUGGCGACGGCGGCUAGCCCGGCAGUGGUGGUAGAGGUGAGCGUGAGCAGCACCGGGAGCAGCAGCAGCGACACUUCCAGCACGGGCGAAGAGGAGAGGAUGCGGCGCCUCUUCCAGACGUGCGAUGGGGACGGCGACGGUUUUAUCAGCAGGAAUGAUUUGCUGAUGGUGUGUCGCCAACUGAACAUGGAAGAAUCUGUGAUUGAAAUCAUGCAUCAGCUUGGUGCAGAUGAACAUGGAAAAAUUUCCUUUCAAGAUUUCACACGAUGUCGUAUGCAGCUUGUGCAAGAAAUCAGAAAGGAAGAAGUGGAACUUUCUGUGAAAGUGGAUGACCCAUGUAAAAAGAAAACAUUAAGGGAUAGAAUAGCUUCAUGGCCAACCAGCAGCAAUAACAGUUUAGGUCAGUGUGGUUUAAUUAUAUCUAUUACCUAAA